AUGAAAGAGAGGGAACCCUUGCUUUGCUCGCCUUUUAACUUCAGUACUCCCCUGGGAGUAGAGUAAACUCAGUUCAGUUACGCUGUGUGCACUGCUGUCACAGUGGCCUUUUUACGACAUAACACCGCUGUCGUUUUUAGGCGCAUAUGUUGGAUUUUAAUGUCAGAAAACCAAGGCAAAUUAAUUUGUUUUUAUCAAGCUUCAGUAGUCCAGUAACGUUACAUAUAAUUAUUGCAUCCGAGUUUAUCGAAUAAAUACGAUUUAGAAAGAAAUGGAGGGGCUCUUCCACGAAGAUUUGGCAGCCUUGUCAGAUUUGGAUGAACAAAGUUUGUUGGAAUCCCUGAGUCAACGGUUCAAACAAGAUCGCAUCUAUACCUACAUUGGGGACAUCUUGGUGGCCAUAAAUCCAUUUAAAUACCUCCCUCUCUAUGUGAAAGAGGUAUCAGAGAGGUAUAAGUACCAUGAGAAGAGCAAGCUACCUCCUCAUAUAUUUGCUGUGGCAGACAGAGCCUACCAGUCCAUGAUGGGAAGGUUAGCCACGGGACCCCGAAACCAAUGCAUUGUUAUCAGUGGGGAGAGUGGAGCAGGGAAGACCGAGAGCACCAAGCUGCUGCUCAGACAGAUCAUGGAGCUGUGCAGAGCCAACUCACAGCUGGAGCAACAGAUACUACAGGUGAAUCCUCUGCUGGAGGCCUUUGGCAAUGCCCAGACUGUGAUGAAUGACAACAGCAGUCGCUUCGGGAAGUACAUUCAGCUGCGCUUCCACAACUCCUCAGUAAAAGGAGCUAAGAUUAACGAGUACCUCCUGGAGAAGUCUCGUGUGGUCCACCAGGAUGAGGGCGAGAGAAACUUCCAUAUCUUCUACUGCAUGCUGGCGGGCAUCUCCCCGGAGGACAAAGACAUGUAUGGACUCCUGGACCCCACGCAGUACAGGUAUCUGAAUGGGCGGUACGGCUCUGAGGACAUAGUGAGGAAAUGGGGGGAGAAGUACAGUGAAGUGUGUAACGCAAUGGACAUGGUGGGAUUUCAGGAACAGGAGAAGGUAGACAUGAUGACUAUCCUGGCAGGGAUCCUGUCUUUGGGAAACAUCAUGUUUGAGCCCACAGAGACCGACGUGCUCAGGGUCACUGGCAAGUCCAUGGGCUGGCUCAAAGCCACAGCUGGUCAGUUUGGGGUGCAGGAGGAGGAGUUGCUGAGGAGUCUGACCUGUACUCUGUCUGUGACGAGAGGAGAAGCCAUCCGCAGGCUGCACAACCAGCAGCAGGCCGAGGAUGCCAGGGACUCCAUUGCCAAAGUGGCUUAUGGGAGAGUAUUCGGCUGGAUUGUCAGUAAAGUUAACGAACUGCUGGCUCCCAAUGUUGACUUUGACGUUGAGCUGAAUGAAAUAGGUAUCCUUGACAUUUUCGGGUUUGAGAAUUUUGCCGUGAACCGUUUUGAGCAGCUCUGCAUCAACCUGGCCAAUGAACAGCUGCAGUACUUCUUUAACCACCACAUCUUUCUGAUGGAGCAGAAUGAAUACAAGGAAGAGGGCAUCGAGUGGGAGACGAUCUCCUUCAAAGACAACAAGCCUAUCCUGGACCUGAUCCUUACUAAACCUAUUGGGAUACUUUCUCUCCUGGACGAGCAGAGUGCCUUUCCUCAGGCAUCAGACAGAGACUUUGUGGACAAGUUGAACAGUAAAUUUAAAAGCAGCCCCCACUAUGAGGUGGUCCGGAGUCACAGCCCCCUCUUCACUGUGGUUCACUAUGCUGGGAAGGUCCAGUAUAAUGGAGGAGGCUUCCUAGAGAUGAACAGAGAUACCAUCCCAGCCAGCAUCAGAGACCUCUUCAUCAACAGUGUCACCCCUCUACUCAGUGUCCUUUUUGCCGCCACAAUCUCCAGGACAGGGACCUUGAUGCCACGCAAAGCAAAGGUCAUGCAAAAGGCAGAUGACAACUUUAACUCAACUAGGAAACAGUCGGUGGGGGCCCAGUUUAAGCACUCUCUGGCUGUGCUGAUGGAGAAGAUGUUUGUGGCCAGUCCUCACUUUGUUCGCUGCAUUAAACCUAACGGCAACAAGCUUCCUGACCAGGUGGACAACAAAAGGGUCAUGGACCAGCUAAGAUACAACGGCCUGCUGGAAACCAUCAGGAUACGAAGAGAUGGCUUCUCCUGGCGACCCUCAUUCAAAGAAUUUGCUCAGAGAUAUAACAUUCUGCUGAUCAAGCCAGAUUUACCACUAACCAAGGAAAGCUGCUUGUCCAUCCUCAACACGACUGCGAUACAUGGUUGGAAGUGUGGGUCGUCUCGUCUGUUCUUUAAGUACUGGCACCAGGAGGAGUUGUCCAGGCUGUUGGAGAGACUGGGCAAAGCCGCACUUGUCAUCCAGAAAAACUACCUCUCUCUGCGCUACAGGAGGAAGUACCUGUCCCUACUGUUGGAGGUGAGCAGACAGAGGCAGGCUCAGAGAGCGAGGGAGGAGGAGCUAGAGGAGGAGAACAAGAGGCCCGUCUCUCCACCCGUGCCCCUACCCAGGAGGAAGAAGCCUCAGCCCCGGCCUCGCUCCAUCAUGCCCACAGCUGCCCACCUGGCCCCUGUCCCCCGGCCCCGCAACAAACAGUUUGAGGCCACUCCCUUUGACAACCUGGAGGUGCACAGUGAGCUGGCUGAGCUGAUGGGCCAGGUGGGGGGAGAGGAGCGGGCCAGGGAGAGGAGCAAGAAGAGAAGGGACAACAUCCGCUGGUUCAAGGAGACGCAGGCCCGCAAGGUGGUCCGCAACGGUGCCUUCCCCUGCUGGUUCCAUGGCAUGAUAACACGUAGACAAGCGGAGGAUCUGAUGACAGACAAGCCUGUAGGCUGCUUCCUGAUUCGUGUAGGACAGAGCCGGGAGGGCUACACACUAACAUACAAGGGGGCAAACCGCUGUAGGCACUACAUGAUUGAGAUGCAGUCCAACGGGAAGUAUGUGAUCCUAGGGGAGGAUAAAGCCCACCCCUCCCUGCCUGACCUGGUGCAGCACCACAGCCGGGUGGGCAUCAAGCCCUUCAACGAGCUGCUCACCACCUCCUGUGGACAGACAUGUGACCACAAUACAGACUACGAGGACUUGAAGUGCCUGGAUCACCUGGCCGUGGUUGACCGCAGGAGCACCGUGUCUGGGGAAGAGGAGGGCGGGUUGAGCCCGGAUCAGGUCCACCUGGAGUUCCAGCAGCUCUUCCUGCCUCCGGGGCAGAACCCCGCCCUGGAGGCCCAGAGACCCCCUGUCCUCAGGCGGAUAUCUGACCGCAGACACCGGGCCGAGGCUGAAGGAGGAGGGGAGGCCCUGGGAGGGAAGCUCAGAGAUGGGGAGAGAGGAAGAGCGUGGGGAGAUGAGCGGGACCGCAAGAGCAGGCCCUUUCCCCGGUUGUAUCCUUCCAUCCGAUUGGCUAUGAGGGAGAUCCAGCAGAUCCAACAGCACUUUUCAGAUGUCCAGGAACAGAGCCCCGCCAUCUCUCACAGUACACCCAAGCCCUCCUGGAGGAGGACAGAUUCAUAACCCAUGUGAUGGAGGGAGUUCAUUCAAAGCUGCUAUUUGUUGUUUUUGCCCAUCUGAAUGAGUUAACUGGACCUUAUUCUGUCAAGCGUUAACCAGGUUUUUAUAAACAAAUUGUAAGGAGAUACUUGUUUUACUAGUGUUUUAUUUAGUCACAAUUUUAAUAUAAAUGUGUUUACGUUUCUGAAUAUUG